AUGAGCCUCAGCGAGGAGCAGGUGAGGCAGUACCUGAACCAGCACCCCGGCUUUGCAGACCAGUACUUUGGAAAGAGGCUGAGCCCCGAGCAUGUGGCCCGGGCCUGUGAGGACGGGCUCCCGGUGGACUGCAGCAGCUUCCAGGAGCUGUGCCAGGUGGAGGAGAGUAGGGCGCUGUUCGAGCUGGUGCGGGACACACAGGAAAACGUGAACAUGGAGCGGGUGCUCUUCAAGGCCCUGCGCCGCCUCUGCCCCAUCCUGCACGCCGACCGCUGCAGCCUCUUCAUGCACCGCCAGCGCAAUGGCGUGGCCGAGCUGGCCACCCGCCUCUUCAGCGUGCAGCCAGGCAGCGUCCUGGAGGACUGCCUGGUGCCCCCCGACUCAGAGAUCGUCUUCCCCCUGGACAUCGGGGUCGUGGGCCACGUGGCUCAGACCAAGAAAAUGGUGAAUGUCAAGGAUGUGAGCGAGAGCUCCCACUUCAGCUCCUUUGCUGACAAGCUGACCGGCUACGUGACCAGGAACAUCCUGGCCACACCCAUCAUGAACGGCAAGGAUGUAGUGGCCGUGGUCAUGGCCCUGAACAAGCUGGACGGCCCUUGUUUCACCAGCAGCGAUGAAGACGUUUUCCUGAAGUACCUGAACUUCGGAGCAUUGAACCUAAAGAUCUACCACUUGAGCUACCUGCAUAACUGCGAGACACGUCGUGGUCAGGUGCUGCUGUGGUCUGCCAACAAGGUGUUUGAGGAGCUGACCGACAUAGAGCGGCAGUUCCACAAGGCCCUCUACACGGUGCGGGCCUACCUGAACUGCGACCGGUACUCAGUGGGCCUCCUGGAUAUGACCAAGGAGAAGGAAUUCUUCGAUGUGUGGCCUGUUCUGAUGGGAGAAGCCCAGCCGUACUCAGGCCCACACACACCUGAUGGCCGUGAAAUCCUCUUCUACAAAGUCAUCGACUACAUUCUCCACGGCAAGGAAGACAUCAAGGUCAUCCCCACACCCCCGGUGGAUCACUGGGCCCUGGCCAGUGGCCUCCCAACCUACGUGGCAGAAAAUGGCUUUAUAUGUAACAUUAUGAAUGCAGCUGCUGAUGAGAUGUUCAAAUUCCAGGAAGGCCCCCUGGACGACUCCGGGUGGGUCAUCAAGAAUGUCCUGUCCAUGCCCAUCGUCAACAGAAAGGAGGAGACCGUGGGGGUGGCUACCUUCUACAACAGGAAGGACGGGAAGCCUUUCGAUGAGCAGGAUGAAGUCCUCAUGGAGUCCCUCACACAGUUCCUGGGCUGGUCGGUGCUGAACACCGACACCUACGACAAGAUGAACAAGCUGGAGAACCGCAAGGACAUCGCCCAGGACAUGGUUCUCUACCACGUGAGAUGUGACAGGGACGAGAUCCAGCUGAUCCUGCCAACAAGAGAAUGCCUAGGGAAGGAGCCAGCUGACUGUGAGGAAGAGGAGCUGAGGGAAAUCUUGAAGGAAGUGCUGCCAGGGCCCACCGAGUUUGACAUCUAUGAGUUCCACUUCUCUGACCUGGAGCGCACGGAGCUGGAGCUGGUCAAAUGCGGCAUCCAGAUGUACUACGAGCUCGGCGUGGUCCGCAGGUUCCAGAUCCCCCAGGAGAGCCUGAACGUCUUCGCGAGCCUGAGCCGCCGCCAGCACGAGCACGCCAUCCGCCUCAUGGACAUCGCCAUCGUGGCCACGGACCUGGCGCUCUACUUCAGGAAGCGGACGCUGUUCCAGAAGAUCGUGGACGAGUCUAAGGAGUUCGCGGACAGGAGGAGCUGGGCCGAGCACCUGUCCCUGGAGCCCGCGCGGAAGGAGAUAGUGAUGGCCAUGAUGAUGACUGCAUGUGACCUAUCUGCCAUCACCAAGCCCUGGGAAGUCCAGAGCAAGGUCGCUCUGCUGGUGGCAGCAGAGUUCUGGGAACAAGGUGACUUGGAAAGGACAGUUCUGGAUCAGCAGCCCAUUCCAAUGAUGGACCGGAACAAGGCAGCUGAGCUCCCCAAACUACAGGUUGGCUUCAUCGACUUUGUGUGCACCUUCGUGUACAAGGAGUUUUCCCGUUUUCAUGAGGAGACCCUGCCCAUGUUAGAGAGACUGCAGAACAACAGGAAGCAGUGGAAGGCCCUGGCCGAUGAGUAUGAGGAGAAAGUGAAGGCCCUGGAAGAGCAGCAGCAGCAGGAGAGGACAGCGGCCAAGAAAGUGGGCACAGAAAUUUGCAAUGGUGGCCCAGCACCCAAGUCCUCAACCUGCUGCAUCCUGUGA